CUUGCCAGGAAGCUCAACAGGAACUGUUCCGCAGAUGCCUUCCUAUACUGGGACGCCAACCAGCUAAAACUUGGAGUGACCAUGGUUGAGUCGACCACAACUGCGGCUGCUUCUGCGGUCUCAUCGUUUUCUGCAAGUACGUCUUCUAUUCUAGGAGUGGAAGAAGAGAGUAUACAAACAGUUGAUGGCGUUGGUUUAUUCGAGACCGAAAUGUAUGUUUCCGGCAUGCACGGUGGCGGGCAUGGCGGGGGCAAGACGUCUUCGUUCAAGCGUUGUUUGUUGAUGAAGAACGUAGGUGACUGUAAGGUUGCUCAUCGCUUGGUGACAGCUGUGGAGGGUCGACCGUCACCCCUGUGCUACAUUCAUCUGCUGCAAGGUGGAGGUGCAAUUGGCGAUGUUGCGGCCCAAGCCACCGCUUUCGGCUGUCGAGAUUGGCACUUUGCCUGUGUCAUAACCGGUGUGUGGUCUCGCGAUGAAGAUGGUACGGCAGCCGCACGGGCUGCCGUAGAAUGGGUUUACAGCGUCGCAGGAGGCCUACUGCCGCUGAGCAGCGGGGUUUACAGCGCUGACCUUGGGCCGGACCCUCGGGAUGCCCCGCUAGCCAGUAGGGCCUUCGGCGUCAACCGGCAGCGGCUCGCCCAGCUCAAACAAAGCUUGGAUCCACGCAGCAUAUUGGCUUACGCCUGUCCACUCCCUACAGCGCCACCGGGGCCGAAGCUCAUUCUCUUGAUCACAGGCGAGAGCUGCUCCGGUAAAGACUACUGUGCCGAUGUGUGGGUUUCUAUGUUCGCAGAACGGGCCCUCACGGCGCGUGCAGUGAGCAUUAGCGAUGCGAUCAAGCGCGAAUACGCAGCGGCUACUGGUGCUGACCCCGAUCGCCUGCUUUCCGACCGUGUCUACAAGGAGCAGCACCGCACAGCGUUAACAGCAUACUUCCUGGAGCAAGUACAGCACGAUCCACAGUUACCAGAGGAGCACUUCUCAAACGUUGUACGUGGUGCCACAGAUGCGGAUGUGCUAUUAAUCACUGGCAUGAGAGACAAAGCACCUGUCGCCGCCUUGUCGCAUCUUGUGCCAAGCAGCAGGCUACUGGAGGUUUAUGUGCAAGCCAGUGGACAGAUACGACGCUUUCGCAAAGGGUGUCAUCUUGGCGGCAGUGAUGGUGAACGUAAGCAGUUCAGCGAGCGAACUGGAACGACUUGGAAGACCUUAGACCACCAACCCGAUUUCAUCUUCGACAACGAAAUGACUGGCUGCGAAGCUGCGAAAGACUUUUUCCGAGAUUACCUGAUCGCUCUUGUCGAUGAAGACCUGCUGCAACUGGCUGACAUGGUGCAUCUCACCCCAAACUUUCCACGCCCAAAUAUCGUGUUCCGCCAUGUGCUCGGUGUCUCUCAACAGCCGGGUGGGCUGGCUCUGUGCACGUCUCUCCUGGAGAACCACUUCACGGGUAAUUGGAGCAACGUCGCUGCAGUGGCGUGUUGCGAGGUUGGCGGUAUUGUUUUCGCGUCGGCGUUGGCGUUGCGGGUGAAUGUUCCCUUAGUACUCAUACGCAAAGCUGGUAAGCUUCCCCCACCUACCGUCUCUGCUGUCAAGUCUCGAUCACAUAUCUCAUCUUUGACCUGCUGCAAUGGCACAAAGAAACGGAUCGAGAUGGAACGGAAUGCGAUGCCUCGGGGUGGGUCGGUGGUUGUGGUGGACGACGUGCUUUCUUCGGGAGAGACGCUAUGUGCGGUGCUACAGCUCUUGGAGGACGCGGGCGUUGCAAGCGUCAAUGUUCUAGUUGUGGCCGAAUUUCCAGUCCAUGGUGGUCGGGAGCGUCUACGCCGAUGUGGAUACGGCAAAGUCAAUGUCCGAAGUCUUCUCACACUUAGUGGUGCUUAA